AAUGGAUAAUUAAAAAAAAAUGGCAUGGAGCAGGGUAGGCUUGAGCCUUUUCAGUGGCAGCAUUUGGUGGCAACCACCCCCAACUCGAUUCCCACGAAAUUCUCUCCCUACUCCUAAUUGUUUAUCACCCUUUACGUCAACGCUCAACACACCAACGCCUUCUCUCUUUCUCUCCAGAAAGCUUUCACUCGUUUCAGCCAUGGAGAAGGAGUUCCCGUUGGGAUUGGAUGAGGCGACGGAGCAACAAUACGCACUUCACUCUAACUUACUUAAAGAUUUCACCGCCAUCUCCAACAUCGACAAGGCAUGGCUCUUUAAAUCCCACGCCGACGCAGCUUCUCAGGCAAUGUUCUGCGUUAGUCAACCAAACCUUUUGGCCAACAAGAGAAGGAAAUCCAUUCUCUCUUCUACCGUUCUCAAACAAAACGACGGUUCCGUCACGUUUCAAUGGUCACCGUUUCCGAUCGAAACGUCUGGAGUCUCCGCAAUGGUUCCUUCACCCUCGGCAUCGAAGCUUCUCGUUAUUCGAAACGCCGAGAGUGAAGGCCCUUGCUGCUUUGAAAUUUGGAGCUCCUCUCACCUCGAAAAGGAGUUCCAUAUCCCCCAAUCCAAGCACGGUUCGGUUUACAUUGAUGGAUGGUUUGAGGGGAUCUCUUGGAGCAAGGAUGAAACUCGAAUAGCAUAUGUAGCUGAAGAGCCGUGCCCUGCGAAGCCCACAUUCGAUGAUCUGGGGUGCUACAAGAAAAGUGGUUCUGCAGACAAGGAUUGUGAAACCUGGAAAGGUCAAGGGGAAUGGGAAGAGGACUGGGGAGAAACUUAUGCGGGGAAGAGGCAGCCUGCGCUUUUUGUCAUAAACAUUGCUAGUGGAGAGGUGCAAGCCGUCAAAGGAAUUGACAAAUCUUUGAGUGUUGGACAAGUUGUGUGGGCUCCAUUGACUGAAGGUUCUGCACAACAUUUGGUUUUUGUUGGAUGGUCAUAUGAGACGAGAAAACUUGGUAUCAAGUACUGCUAUAACAGGCCCUGUGCAUUAUAUGCUGUUAAAGCACCACAUCAUGAGUCGAAAGCUAAUGAUACUGAGAUUCUGUCAACUGAAGAUGUUCAGGCAGUUAAUCUGACUAAAAGCAUAACUAGUGCUUUCUUUCCGCGAUUCAGCCCAGAUGGAAAGUUUCUUGUAUUUUUAUCUGCAAGAAGUUCAGUUGAUUCUGGAGCUCAUUCUGCAACAGAUUCACUUCAUAGAAUUGAUUGGCCUAAGGAUACAAAGCUUUAUCAAUCUGUAAAAAUUCAUGAUGUGAUUCCAGUUGUAUUGUGUGCUGAGGAUGGAAGCUUCCCUGGGCUUUACUGCUCAAGUAUCCUUAGUGAUCCAUGGCUUUCUGAUGGCUACACUUUGAUUAUACCCUCUGUCUGGCACAGCAGUCAAGUUUUACUUUCCAUCAAUGUGUUGAGUGGAGAAAUAUUACGUAUCACCCCUGCUGACUCAAAUUUCUCAUGGAGUCUUCUUAUGUUGGAUGGGAACAAUAUUCUUGCUGUUUCUAGCAGUCCGGUAGAUGUUCCUCAAAUCAAGUAUGGAGCCAUUAUUGAGAAGGCAGCUAAUAAUAAAGAAUGGAGUUGGUCAGAUGUAUCAAAUCCCAUAUUUAAAUACUCUGACAAGGUUAGAUCUUUGAUCUCCUCUCUUACGUUUAGUGUAAUGAAGAUCUCAGUCAAGGAUGCUUCUGAAAGCUUAACACAAGGUGCUAGUAAACCUUAUGAAGCCAUAUUUGUGUCAUCAAAAACAAAGAAAAGUGAUGCAUUUGAUCCACUAAUUGUUGUCCUUCAUGGGGGACCACACUCAGUCUCAUUGACAAGCUUUUCGAAGUCAUUGGCUUAUCUUUCUUCACUUGGAUAUAGCUUGUUGAUUGUAAACUACAGAGGCUCAUUAGGAUUUGGUGAAGAAGCCUUACAAUCUCUUCCAGGGAAAGUUGGAUCUCAGGAUGUCAAUGAUGUACUUGUUGCUAUUGAUCACGUCAUUAACUUGGGACUUGCCAGUCCAUCAAAGAUUACGGUGUUCGGUGGCUCACAUGGUGGCUUUCUGACAACCCACUUGAUUGGCCAGGCACCAGAGAAAUUUGUUGCUGCAGCUGCUAGAAAUCCGGUUUGUAAUCUUGCGCUGAUGGUUGGUACGACUGAUAUCCCUGAUUGGUGCUAUGUGGAGACCUAUGGAGCCAAGGGGAGAGAUGAGUUUACUGAAGCACCUUCAGUAGAGGAUCUAACUCUAUUUUAUAGCAAGUCUCCUAUUUCACACCUCUCAAAGGUAAAAACACCAACACUUCUUUUAGUUGGUGCCAAAGAUCUCCGUGUUCCAAUUUCGACUGGACUGCAAUAUGUUCGGGCUUUAAGGGAGAAAGGAGUUCCGGUUAAAGUCAUUGUGUUUCCAAAUGAUGUUCAUGGAAUUGAAAGGCCACAAUCCGACUUUGAAAGUUUCCUGAACAUUGGGAUGUGGUUCAACAAGUAUUGCAAAUGAGCAGCAUUUCCAGACCAGUGAUUGAAUCACGUGUAUGUUAAUGUAAUUUUGGGUCAUAGUGUAUUUUACAUUUGAAGAAGAAAGAGGAGCAGACUGUAUUUUGCACUGCUAUCUUUAUUUUUAUUAAGAAAAUCAUUCACUUAAGGUCAUAUUGUUGCUUUGAGUUAUCAGGAGAGCAAGAUACUGAACAUAUAAUAAAAAUUUCCAUUACUGGUUGUAUUAGACUUCUUUUUUUGUCAAAGAAAAGAGACUAUCUUAAGAGGAAGUGAAUAAACUAACCAUUUGAGCUUUUCAUCGUUGGUUAUUAUCUACCUUUAUUAUAUAUUUGUGAAUCCUAUUUUUUUUAAAUUUAGGUAUUUU